AAAUCUGUCGCUUAGUGAUGACGCAUAAGUAAAGAAUUUUCAGGAAGGUUACAAAACCGUGGCGUCUUGUUUCUGGAAAGGUGAUAGACGACAUUUCUCUCGAGUGACACGGGACAGUAAUAUAUCGUGACAAUGUUGGUGGCGAGGCUAACGUGCCUGAAGGCUCUCCCGCUUGCUGGGCUCCGACCACUGCUCACUCAGGGCUCCCCAGCCCUGCGGUCACCCAUCUUGAAGACCUGUUCACCCUUAGUCAUGUAAAGCUGCUGCUUCUUCUUUCAGGGUUAUUCCUCAAAGGCCAGGUUUGGGUUUCGCCGUGCAAAGACAACCAGAGACCAGCUAAAGGAAGCAGCUUUUGAACCAGCCACUGAUACAGCCAUCAAAAUCGAUAGCAUGGGGAGAAUGAUACUGGCUGGAGGUGCAGCAGUUGGCCUUGGAGCUCUGUGCUAUUAUGGACUUGGCAUGGCUAAUGAUAUCGGUGCCAUAGAGAAAGCAAUGAUCUGGCCUCAGUAUGUGAAGGACCGGAUCCACUCUACCUACAUGUACUUUGCAGGCAGUGUUGGGCUGACAGCUCUGUCAGCUGUAGCUGUGAGUAGGACCCCAGCUUUAAUGGGUCUGAUGAUGAGAGGAUCCUGGCUGGCAAUUGGAGCAACUUUUGCUGCUGUGAUUGGUGCGGGCAUGCUGGUCAGGUCAAUUUCAUAUGAGCACAGCCCAGUGCCAAAACAUCUUGCUUGGAUGCUCCACGCAGGUGUGAUGGGUGCUGUGAUUGCCCCCCUCACUCUCCUGGGAGGGCCUCUGAUGGUGAGGGCUGCCUGGUACACCGCGGGCAUCGUGGGAGGUCUGUCUACUGUUGCAAUGUGUGCCCCAAGUGAGAAGUUCCUCAAUAUGGGAGGGCCAUUGGCUGUUGGACUUGGAGUGGUGUUUGCCUCCUCUCUUGGAUCAAUGUUCCUGCCACCCACCUCAGCAUUUGGAGCAGGGCUCUACUCCAUUGCUAUCUAUGGAGGCCUGGUCCUGUUCAGUAUGUUCCUCCUCUAUGAUACACAGAAGGUUAUCAAGAAGGCAGAGACACACCCACUCUAUGGCGUACAGAAAUAUGACCCUAUCAAUGCGUGUAUGGGGAUUUACAUGGACACACUGAAUAUUUUCAUCAGGCUGGUGAUGAUUCUAGCUAACGGCGGUAGCGGCAGGAGGAAGUAAACACCAUCAUGACUCGAGCUUCACUUUUAUCUUCCACGGAGCCUGAGACAGUCAUGUUUACUGCUAGCAGCAUAAACCAGAUGACUGAUGUUAUCUUAUAGAGCCAAAUCCUAUCUAACUGCUAGAUCAACAUGAAUGCUUUGAAAGCAUGUAAAGAUGUGGAUUGCACUGUGUGGUAAAGAUACCUGUCAAAGUAAAGAAGAUAACACAGAGAUCUUACUUUGAUUUUUGAAAGUAUCUGGUUUAUCCUGGGGCGCUUUAACAGAUGAGUUAAAUCUGUCAGUUUAAUUUUGCAUCCCUCAGAAGUCAUUUGUAUUAUUCUCUGGUUUCUAUUUAUUUCCACUUGGUGGUGUUUCAGGUUUUAUGUGGAGUGAAAAUACAGAAAAAUGUCACAAAACAACCAAAAGGCCACAUAUGUCAACCAUAGAUUGGUCCACAUUCACAGUACAAUAAACAGACUGUGCUGGAUGUAAUUGCUGAAGAAAUUCUCUGGUAUAGCACUUAUGUAAUGGGUUAAAGAGGUUCGUAAUGUGUUUUUUUUGGGGGGGGAAAUAAAAGUAAUUUAAACAAAG